AUGGAAGAAAUUAAUGGUGAGCUUUUUGGCGAUGGUCUUGUUAGCCUUGGAGAUGAGGGUUCAUUGGAAUCUACUGAUACAGGAAAACAAGAACAAAAUUGUAAACUUUGCGACAAUAAAUUAUGCAGUCCUCGGGUUUUGUCAUGCCUUCAUGUAUUCUGUGAAGCAUGUAUUGACAAGUUAAUGGUAAAUGAGGCUGGGGAUUCCCUCAAAUAUGAUUUGGCUGUUGAAUGCCCCCUAUGCAAACAAGAAACUAAGGUGAUGCCAGGAGGAGGAGCUGCAUCACUUCCAUCAGAUUAUGUCCUAACUAACAUCUUGGAUGUCUCUGCCAUGGAUCAAUCUGUGGUUUGCACCUGCUGUAAGAGUAAGGAACCUGCAGUUGCCAGAUGCACUGAUUGCUCGCAUUUUUUGUGCUCGAACUGCAACUCCGCUCAUGAAUUUAUGCGAUGCUUUGAAAACCAUCGCGUUGUUCCAUUUGAUGCGUUGAGAUCUUCCAAAGAAAAGGCUGCCGUGCACAAGCCGAUAUUCUGUACUCGUCAUGUUGGAGAAAGUCUUAAGUAUUAUUGUUGCGAGUGUGAAGUCGGUGCCUGCACAGAAUGCCUGACAGUCGAUCAUAAAGUCGGAGAACACCGUUGCGAGCGGAUUGUGGAUGCUGAACCAAACUUACGUGCGGAAUUGCGUAAUUUCAUUGUAGAGGCUAACGCUCGUGCCGAUGCCGCUGGAAGCGCUUCGGCCAGGCUAGACGACGCAUUGGGCGACUUACAACGUCAGAGGGAUGAUGCUGAAAGUGUCAUCAAUGAAGCUUACCAUGCUUACAAAGCAGCCCUCGAAAGGCGUCGCGACAAAGCUCUAGAAGAACUUGAGCGUCUACACAAAGAGAGAGAGCUAAAAGUGAUGGACUUGUUCGAUCGCGUUGAUAAGACUGUGCAGCGUAUAGAUUGCGCUUGCAAAUUUGCAGCUCGACUUCUUCGAAGGGGUGAUGGUACUGAAAUUGUUAUGUUAAAAAAGACCGUUGCUUCCCAAUUUGCUCGGCUUUUGGAAGGGGCACCUGAAUUUGACAUCGAUUACUCUCUCGAGUUUGUCACAAAGAUGGAUAAAUUUGAUGCCAUCACAGAAGAUACAUUUGGCACAUUCCGUACUGAAGCUACCCGCGCCGAAGAGAGAAAAAGAGCCAGCGAAUCUUCGGCUAUAGUAUCUGUAGCUUCUAAUUCUCAUUCUCCUGCUGUGUCCGUGACAAAUGCACCUGUCUUCGAUGACUUCCCUCUUGGGAACGUUCGCCGGGUUACAGGAGGGGUUGGGAGUAUGGUUGGAGUGGGCGUCCCUUCGAUAGGGGUACCGGGAGUGGGACCGGUUACUGGCGUAGCUAACUCUGGAGUUCUUCCUGGGGUCGUUGGCGUCAACAGUGUGGGAGGAGUAGGUGGCGUCACAGGAGUGCCAGCUCUGCCUUCAAUGGUUGAAUAUAACCUGCAACAACUUGCUAGCAUUGCUGAAAAGGAAGUUCCCCCACCGCCGCAUGCGUCGCCAGCGCCAUCCUUCACACUCGCAGAACUACUAGCUGGCGAUUUGAACUCUCCUCAAGCUUAUAACAAUUUACAAGCUCUAGCUAAGCUCGGACUCAAUACUGAAGUGAAUGGAUUUGGUGGGGUUGGUGGUGUUGGUGGCUUGGGCGGUGUAGGCCCCCGGGGAGUGUCUCCAGGUAGACCACUACUGACUGCUGCUGAGGAAGCAGCGUUGGUUGCACCUCCUGCUCCACUAGUUCGUGCAACUAAAGCAACACCGAUGCACAUAAGGUUCAAAUUUGGUCAGCUAGGAGGUGGCAAGGGACAGUUUAAUUCUCCCCACGGAUUCUGUCUCGGAAACGACGAAGAUAUUAUAGUGGCCGAUACUAACAACCAUCGCAUCACGGUCUUUGAUAAAUCUGGUACACACAAGUUUAAUUUUGGUGUUGCUGGUAAAGAAGAGGGUCAACUUUGGUACCCACGAAAAGUAGCUGUAGUACGCGCUACUGGCAAGUUCGUGGUUUGUGAUCGUGGGAAUGAAAGAUCACGAAUGCAAAUAUUCACCAAAAAUGGGCAUUUCUUGAAGAAAAUUGCUGUCCGAUUUAUCGAUAUCGUAGCUGGCUUGGCUGUGACGGCCGAAGGAUUGAUAGUGGCUGUCGACAGUGUUACUCCUACAGUGUUUAUCUUAUCUGAAGAAGGCGAUCUCUUGAGUUGGUUUGAUUGCAGUGAGUGCAUGAGGGAACCUUCAGAUAUAGCCAUAAGUGGCAAGGAGUUCUACGUGUGCGACUUUAAGGGGCACUGCGUGGUCGUUUUCGACGACGAAGGUCGCUUCCUCCGUCGCAUCGGCUGCGAGAACGUGACCAACUUCCCCAACGGCAUCGACGUGUCUGAUGCAGGCGACGUGCUCAUUGGAGACUCACACGGCAACAAGUUCCACGUGGCUGUGUUCUCACGGGACGGAGUUUUGGUCACCGAGUUUGAGUGCCCUUACGUUAAGGUAUCUCGCUGCUGCGGAUUAAAGAUAACAUCUGAAGGAUACAUCGUCACUCUGGCUAAAAAUAAUCACCACGUUCUUGUCCUCAACACCCUUUACAUUGUCUGA